ACGGCGUAGGCGGUCGGCUGCGAAUUUCUCCUGCUUUCAUUCUCCCUUUUCUCAGUCUUCCACCGUUUGACAUCGCUUCUGAAGCCAUGGAGGAGAAAUUCUGCUUCGCCAUCGACCGCGGAGGUACAUUUACGGACGUGUACGCUCGUUGUCCCGGCGGUAAAAUAAGGGUUUUGAAACUGCUCUCCGUCGACCCGCAGAACUACAGGGAUGCCCCGACCGAGGGCAUCAGGAGGAUAAUUGAGAGCGAGACAGGGAGGCCUAUGCCCCGCUCACAGCCAGUUGAGACGGAACGUAUUGGAUGGAUUCGCAUGGGCACAACAGUUGCUACUAAUGCCCUGCUGGAACGGAAGGGAGAGAGGAUGGCCUUGGCAAUUACUGAAGGCUUUAAGGACCUCCUGCAUAUUGGGAAUCAAGCAAGACCAAAUAUAUUUGAUCUG